AUGUCCAACGAAUACGAACAGUACAUCGUAGCAUCAUAUAAUCGUGAUGAGAAAACAUCUGUAAUCGAAUUGAUUCACAACUCCAUUUUAAGUUUAUUUGGCAAUGAAUCGACAGAAAUUGCAAACAAAUGGAAAUCUGGAGAAGCAUUCGAAAAGCUGGAUCUGUUACGUAUUGAACUUCACUCCUUAAAUUUUUCCCAGGGUGAUGCAAUUGGGGCUAAAUAUAUUGAUGAAACAAAAAGAGCACUGACGCACACUUUGCCCAAAAUAUGCAACUGGAAUAAUAACCAAAUCACAAAUUCGAUCACCAGCCACAUAUAUGUCGUCAGAAAAACAGAUAAACACGUGGCAUCGGUUCUGAUUCGAGAGAAGACGUUCAGUUUCGGAGUAUGGGAUAAGACCGAAGAAGAGUUUUUGAGAAUGGCGGGAUAG